AGCAGGGCAUCUGAAUCGGACGCCUUUCUCAUCGACCGGGACAAGCUGCACCCCUCCUCCCUCUCCUCCGGCUCUCUUCCUGCUCGCUCCUCCCUCUCGCACUCCCUCCCUCCAUCCUUCACUUUCUAACCCCCUUGCUCCUUCUCCUCCUCCUCCUCCUCCUCCUCCUCUCCUCUCAGCUGUGGAUGCCCUCCUCACUUACAGUAUGGACUCAGGAGGGGAAGGAGGAGAGGGUUGGAUGGAGGACCAGUGGGAGAAAUGGUUGACCCAUGACAUCAGCCUGGAUGAGUUUGAAGAUGACGACCUGUCGGAGAUUACGGAGAUCACGGACGAGUGCGGGAUGAGUCUCAACUGUAACGGGCCGGAUAUUAAGGGCCAUGUGAGGCGGGGAACCAAUAGCAUGUCAGGGAGGGCGGAGCUGGGCGCUGUCGGCCACCUUCAGGCAGAGAUGCUGCAUUUGGACCUUAUAGACGGUGCUGACAGUUACUGCGGUGACAAAGAGUCCUUGAAGGCAUCCGCCAUCGCACCCCCGCCAGCCACCAAGGACCCUGCAGCACCUGUUACCAUGGAUACCUACCGGCCCAAGAGACCCACGACCCUUAACCUCUUCCCAAUUGUGCCGCGCACACAGGACACACUAAACAACAACUCCUUUGGGAAGAAAUACAGUUGGCAGGAGAAAGUUUCAGGUUCGUCCUCGCCUCUUAAAACAGGAGAGCUCACCCCUCCACGUGAGCACAGCUGCCUGAGCGACGAGGACAAGGUGCAGGGUGGGGGAGCACAGACCAAAGACCGCGGGACCUCCACCGACGCCCCCUGCAGACACGGCCACAGCUCUGGACACUCGCACAGCUCGUCCACAGCAGCUGUGACACGCUCCAAGCUUCAGGAGAAGCCACCGGCACCCCCUCCACCUCAGAACUACACACCAGCUCCUCUAUAUCCGGCGGGGAAGGCAGAUGGAGGUGGGCACCACCGGGAGAGGAUCCGCUACCACACGGACGUUCGUCUAGAGCCCACGGAGGAGAUCUACCUGACUCCUGUGCAGCGCUCCGCUGACGCCCUAGAACCCUCCAACGUGCAGGAGCGGCCUUUUCUCUCACAGCAGACUGAGCAGGGCCGCAUGUCCAUCAGCUCUGACACUGAGGGCCCGCCUCCUUACCAGCCCCUCCCAGAUCGGACAAACCCCUCCAUCUAUGAGGAGGACGAGGUCUACAUCCCCCCUCCAUCAUAUGCUUCCUGCGUAGAGUCCCUCAUCACACCGCCCAGCAUGGCCAUCUCCGCUCGCUCCUCCCUCGCACUGGACCUCAGCCUGAAGGGGGCAGGAACGGGGGCCGGGGUUAUGCUGCGAGCUGGGUCAUCGGUGGAGUACGUGGAUGCCACGGAUGAAAGCUACUGUGGAGAGGAUGAGGAUGUGGACAGGAUAAUAAUGGAUGGAAGGAUGAGGAAGGGGGGAGGAAAAGGCGACGGCGGCGGCAUCAGAGCGGCCCCGCUAAGGACUUCCAUGAGCUCGGAGGCCAGCGGCCUUUCAUAUGACUCAGUCAAAUACACGCUGGUGGUGGAUGAGCACGCUCAGCUGGAACUGGUCAGUCUCCGGCAGUGUUACCAAGGCUACAGCGACGACAGCGACUCGGCCACGGUCUACGACAACUGCGUCUCCUCUCCCUAUGAGUCGGCCAUCGGGGAGGAGUAUGAGGAGGAAGAUGAGGAGGAUGAGGACGGAGCUCAGAUAGGAGGAGUGAGGAGAGAGGCCACGGCUUGUCUGUCUGAGGACUCCACUCCGGAGGCAGACCUGCACUUCUCCAAGAAGUUCCUCAACGUCUUCAUGAACGGACGCUCGCGCUCCUCCAGCGCAGAGUCCUUUGGCUUAUUCUCAUGUGUCAUUAACGGGGAAGAGAAGGACCAGAGCCACAGAGCCGUCUACAGGUUUGUCCCUCGACAUGACGAUGAGUUGGAGCUGGAGGUGGACGACCCGUUGCUGGUGGAGGUCCAGGCGGAGGAUUACUGGUACGAGGGCUACAACAUGCGAACUGGUGCCCGUGGGAUCUUCCCGGCUUACUACGCUAUAGAAGUGACCAAAGACACCGAGAGCUACAAAGUGAAGAGCAGCGAAUGGAUGGACAGAUACCGGCUAAAGUUCCUGGGCUCGGUCCAAGUGCCCUACCACAAAGGAAACGACGUUCUGUGCGCUGCUAUGCAGAAGAUUGCCACCAACAGAAGGAUGACAGUCAAGUACAACCCGCCUUCCUCCUGCAUCCUGGAGAUCAGUGUGAAAGGCAUCAAGCUUGCAGUUCAAGAGGAUUAUUAUGCUUGUGACAGAAGUAAUGAGUGCAGUCACUUCUUCCAGUUAAAGAACGUCUCCUUCUGCGGCUAUCACCCCAAAAACAGCAAGUAUUUCGGCUUCAUUACAAAACACCCAGCGGACCAGAGAUUUGCCUGCCACGUGUUUGUGUCUGAAAACUCCACUAAACCUCUCGCAGAGUCAGUGGGGAAAGCCUUCCAGUUGUACUAUAAAGAGUUUGUGGAGUUCUCGUGCCCUACAGAGGACAUCUACCUGGAAUAGCACUGCCCUGCCUUCAGCCACAGCACUGUACAGUACACUGUAUCAUAACAUAACGUUGCAUGAAGGACAGACAUAUCUAAAAAUUUAAGUAAAUAAAUAAAAACAUAACACAUCUGACAAACGAGCGGGAAAAGGAGGAUGGAGUAUCGGAACGUGUGGUGAAACCUUUGUGCGACGAGAAGAGGAGGAUAUGUGCCAAAGGCCAUGUGUACUGAGAAAAGAAAAUAUGCAAAAUGGAGUCGGUGAUGAGUAAGUGAUCACGGGCUGUCCAUGGAAAGCACAAAUCACCACGGCCUUGGCAGCGCUAGUUAGCCUGUAGCAUCGUCUCAGCAGGUGCCAGCACUGAGUACUUGACAAAAGUAAAACAGCGGCUGAGACGUGGACAAAUGAACAUGUGAUGAAUUUGCUUGGACUUCAAACAUUCACAGUCUGAACAUGAGGGACGUGUGUAUUUACUAAAUGACAUCCUCACACUGAAAAUGUACUCUAAGUGAAACAACAGUUCAUGUAGGAACGGUGAAUUGUAUCCUUUUGGCACGCCUAAUAUAAAGGGGAUUCACACGGUUCGAAGCCCACCCUGUAGCACUGUUAGAAAACCGGCUGUAGGUUGAUGUUCUUUGCAUUUUUGGGUCCUUUCAGAUCUUUGUGCCUGAACUUGUUGUCAAAUCCUCACAUUUUUUCAUCAGCUGGUUGACAGCAGAAAAGUCAUAGUCACCUGGAAGAGCAACACACGGUCUGCGGUAUGAGCUGUGCAGAGGCACAAGUGCAGCAAAGGUUCACGUCUCUAUCUCCAGCGUCAGGAAAAAAAACAAAAACUAGCCUAGCAAAGACCACGUAUUUCAGUUUAACACAAAGGUUGGUAAGGGCUUAAUUAGAGCUGAAACAAUUAGGUGAUCAACAGAAGCUGAGAGAUGUUCUGCUGUGGACAGGCUCAGCAGAAAAAAUGUGUCAGAGCCACCGAAAAAAGCCAAUGACAGUUGACGUGCACUUUAUUUUGAAUAUUUUUGCCAGUUCACUCAACCAUUGGAUUCCCGUAUUACUGCGGACACUAUUACAGCACAGAUCAGGUGUUUGAGUCAGGAAGAGCUGAGUCUUAGUGCAGGGUGUGACGUCAUCAGCGCCACAGUUUUCAAGCCAGUGCAUCUGUUGUUUUCCUGUGGGAUAGAGGGAAUUCUGGGAAGUGUAGGUAAUCGGUAAUUCACAUAGGACUGAGACAUUUCAACAGUGAAUCACAAAGAACUCCUGAAAUGCACUGAACAUCAUUUUUCCAUGCUUUAAAAAAAAAAAAAAGUGUGAGGGUGUAAGAGUGUGGAUUUUUUCCUUUCAAAACUUUUUAGCGGCUUCUAUCGGUACUGUAGUCCCAAGCUAGACAGACGCCUCCAUCAUUUGCCCAGUCAGGCUUCAGCCCUAAUUCCUAGUCUAACGCCAGAAACACUGCGCUUCUUUACUGUGUGUUCUAACACGGUAUGAAAUCAGUGAUGAAGAUGUUUAAUAACAAGGGGGGGGGGGGGACAUCCAGGCUAGGCUCUGUAACGGUAGAGGAUGUGGGCCGACAUGCAGAAUAUCCUUCGUGUGGUGUUCUAGAAACUCUGCUCCUCGUAGUUUCCACAUCAGAAAUGUUAAAUGAAAACAGCAGGUACAGGUGCUGACAAGGGAGCAAAAGCAAAACUCUGGUGUCUUCAGAUCUUCACUAGUAGUGCCUCUUUCUCAUCAGAUCAUUGUGACCUUCCUCAGUGAACAUUAUCACAUCAUUUUAAGGGAUUGCCAUUGAGUGCGUGUUGAAUUUAAGAGUUUGAAUGCAGAUUUGAGACGUAGGAGUAUGUUUGAUGUAAGUUGAGCUUUCUUUUUUUUUUCCAUUGCAGUACGUGUGGUGUGUUGUACCUGUGCUGUUUAAGGCCUGUUCUUUCCUGCCAUGUUUGUUUCAGAACAUGCAGAGCACAGUGAAACUUCUUCCCUGUCCCAAGAGUAAGAAGUUAAAAAGAUUCAGUCCAAGAACACUCUCUAAUCAACGGGAUACAAGUAUGUAGGAGGUAAAAAUUCACAUAUUAUAUAUAUAUUUUUAUAUAUAUAUAUAUAUAUAUAUAUAUAUAUAUCCAAUUCCAUUCCGUUAAUACGCAUCUAGUUCUCUUAAAAAGUCCACGAUAUUCAUAUUCAGGAAUGUGGACAAUACAUUUAGAAAAUUAGGCAUGUUUAAUAAGCUCGCUAUCUUAGCUGCCAGCUAACAGUUACCAAACCAGCUUCGCUAUUUAGACAGUAGAGCUGUAGGCAUGAAGCUUGGGAGUCAAGUCUCUCUCUUGAAACCAGAAGCUUUCAAGUCCCAAUUUCUGACCUACUGAAAUUCGGGAAGGAUUAAAAAAAAGACAGAGGCAAACAAGCUGUGCACAGUCACACACAUGAAUAUUUAUUCAGCCCAGGCAUCAUUCAGAUGAAGCAUUGACUUCAUCAGGAGUGAACAGUUUUACCUCUUGUGAUGAAUUGUGAUAUAAUAUAAUGACCUUGAUGUGACCAGUCAUCACAGAUGUUGCAUCAAAUUCAUCCAAUUCAUCGCUCUGUGGUUCAUUAAGUCAUGGAGACAUGUUCUGAACGAGGCCCCACGUGAUCGUAGCAGAAAAACAAAGGAUUUCCGUAUGAUUUUGAAUCAUCCCGGGUCCAGCGCGGGUACAGCACAGAUGUUCUGCAGUGAAAAACAAAGUGUGCUUCCUACAUCAUUUAUCACUAACACUGAUUUGUAACAGAUUAUUUUAUGUGAUCCAUAUUAACAAAAGAUAAAAUGUCUGUAUAAGAAAGAUUAAUUAAUGGAGGAUGUGGAAAUUGUCAGUUCCAGUCAUCUCGCCAGUCCCCACUGUUUGUCCCUUUCAAAAACAAAAACAAAAAAACAACAAAAAAAAAAAUCCAAUCUUGAAACAAAACAAAAGAGUUGUCUGCUGUUGCUAAUCGAAGCCAUCGCAUCAAGAUAUCAACACUGACUUUUAUAUGAGUUUCCUUUCUCGAGAGCCAAUCAGGUGGACGAGAGAAAAUGUAUGGGGGCUAAACAAAGGGUGUACAGACAUGCCAUAUAUAAAUAAAUAAUUUAAUAUCUGUAAUUAUAAAUAUGACAUUGUAUUGAUUCAACAUGUAGUAUGUGAAAUUUCUCUUUAUUUUGGAAUUUUUUUAGGUGUGAAUUAUUCUUUAUUUAAAAAUUUUAAUGCAGA